AUAUAAUAAAACUAUAUCACAAAAUAAAAUCAAAAACAAAAACAAAUAUAAUAACACUAUUCUAUGAAAAAUAAUUUAAAAUAAUAAUAAUAGAAAAUCCGGCGCGUAGCGCCGGCCAACCCCUAGUAUUUUAUAAUGUUACUGUUAAACACAAAUGGAGCCAAUCCCCCACCCCCACAUUUUGUAAAACGAAAAACUGACAGACAAACUAACUAAAUUUAAAACUAAAAGAAUAAUAUAAUUAGCGAAACAAAAAAAUAAGUUGGUUGCUUGGAGGUUCCAGAUUCAUCGUUACGAGGAAACGAUGGUCAGACAGAGAUGCCAAAUAGUUUUCUCCCUCUCCUCCCACCAUUUUUAUCAAACCUCUUCAUCUUCUCUAUUUAUAACCUAAUUUUCCAUUUCAGACAACAACAUAAACUCACUAAUCAUUUACAAACAUAAACUUGAGCAGGAACCGAAGAAAAGGACCGUGUUACCCUUUUCUUCUUCCUCUCUUUCCUUCCCACCACCACCAUCUCUUCUCCCUCUCCGGGAACGUUAAUUCAAGAUUCGCCCUUUCUAGUCUUAUAACGAUGGGAACCGAAGUCAUCAGGCCUCAGGACUGUUUGGUUAACCGGAUGAGAGAUUCUCCGGCGACCAUUUUUCACCAUCCCCGGAGAAAUCAUUCUCACCGGAGACCGCCUCUCCGACCUGACCAAAGGAGACGGUUCGGAUCCGUUGACUUCAGAACGACCGCGAAGGACGUCGUUAGGAGAAGAGGAGAGUCUUUUGAUUCGUUUUCGAACAUCAAGGCUCGGAGAUCAAAUGCACCGGAAGUCUCUCCCGACGAUAUCUACGCCGGGUCUUCCAUUUUCCUUGUUUCUCCGGCGCCGAGCUCGCUACCUUUGCCGUCGUUCUCGAGGAGAAACGCGAAAAGCCAGGUCGUUGUUGUUUCCGUUGAUGAUUCGGCGUCUCAGAAUCUCCGGCGACUUCUCCGGCUUGAAUUUUGAGUUAACGCGGGAAACUUAACGGGAUCGUCAGCUAUAUAACGGUUCUCAUGUGUAUUUAAAUCUGGGAAUCGUCUCCGUUAUUGUUUUACUAAUCUGUCCUUCCUUUGAAUAAUUUGUUAUAGAAUGGGAUGGGUCUGAGUGAUCGUAUAAAAAAAGUACAGGGUCAGAUUUAGAAACAAAUGUUAAAUAUUAGCUGACUUUUCAGUUUUAUUUGGUUCUAUGGAUUUAAAAGAAAAAUAUUAUUCGAGAUCGGAAUAUUAAUUAGUUACAAAAUAUGGGCA